AGCCAGCCGGCUUUGUUGAAAUUUUCACACAGAAGCUAAGGCCUUUAUCACAAUCCACUCUCAAACUGCUUCUCAGUUCUCAUAAUUCACUCUUGUACCUACCUACCUACCUCAAACUUGCAAUUGCAUUAUUAUUUUCCCAUUGAAGAAAUCACAAAAAAAAAAAAAUUAGAGUGAGAUCGAGAUGGCUUAUGUUGCUUUAACUUCUCUGAUGGAAACACUUAAGCUUGAGUUUCUGCAAGCCACCCCAAGGCUGACUCUUAAUGAUGUUGAUCAACCACCGAUCAAAUCUUUCUUCCAAAACAUCUCUUCUUUGCGACAAUUUCUAGACAUAUUCCAAUUUGGUAGGGCACCCUGCAGAGAUUUGGAAACCAAAAUCAGAGACUUUGCACUUGAGGCUGAAGACAACAUUGAAACACAAAUAAGCAAUUUUCUUCUGGCCAAAGGCCGUACAGCGCAUCCAGAAGAAGCUUACCAACAACUCCGUCUAACCUUGCGAGAAGCAGCAGAAAAUGCAGCAGAGUUGUUGAACAUUACCAAUGUAGAAAAAGAUGGAGAAACACAGAGAAAGAUGAGUUGUGAUGCUUUAACUUCUCUCAUAGGGAAGUUUCGGUCUGACUUUUCGGCCUUGGGCGAGGAUAUAGAAAACCUUCCAGCAGUGAUCGAAUCUCUCAUAGAAAACCUUUCUUCUUUGCACCAAUUUCUAGAGAUAUCCAAUUUUCAUAACUUUGCGGUCAAAUAUAUGGCAGCCAAAAUCAGAGUCUUUGCAUUCAGAGAAGAAGGGGACAUCAAUCAACAUUUAAGAGAAAUUCGUUUUUUCAAUGAGACAAGCAUUACUGUAAACCCUUUUCAGGAAUUCCGCCAAACCUUGCAAAAAGUAGCAGAAAACACAGCAGAGCUGUUGAACAGUAUCAACAACAUAACCCAAGAAGCUGAUGAGGCCAAUCAAACUCAACCACCACCUAUUCCUUGGUUAAAACAUAAUGCAUCCCAGUCUGUGAAUGUGAAUGUUAAGGGAGGAGAUAAUGGAUCAUCAUCCUUGAGGUGCUUUGAGGACACAAUGGUGGGUCGUCUAAAUGAUGUUACUACAAUAAAGGAUCAACUCCUCUGGCACUUUGAUGGUCUACAAGUAAUCCCAAUAAUUGGGAUGCUGGGCAUAGGAAAGACUACUUUAGCUCGUAGAAUUUUUGAAGAUCAAUUGGUUACACAGCAUUUUGAGGUAAAAAUCUGGUUUACUGUUCCCCACAAAUACAAUAAGAUCCAAAUACUACGCGACCUCCUUCAGUCAAUUACACAAGUUGAGCAAUAUGAAAUUAAAGAUGGAAGAGCUGUAAGUGAGAUGGUGCGGGAAUGCUUGAAACACAGGAGGUAUCUAAUUGUUUUAGAUGACAUAUGGAGCACUCAGCAUUGGGAUGAUAUUGAAUUUUGUUUUCCUAGAAAUGGAAGCAUAUUGCUGAUCACUCGGUCCCAUGAAGUAGCUGACCAUGCUUGUACGAAAUUCAUAUAUCAUGGUGUUAUGAGUUUACAUCCAGAUGAUAGAGGUUGGGAUCUAUUUCCUUGCUCAUCCAAAGGUCCUCUUGUUAUGAGUUUACUUGAUCCAGAUUAUGAAAGUUGGGAUCUAUUACCUUGCUCAUCCAAAGGUCAUCAUGUUAUGAGUUUACUUGAUCCAAAUGAAAGUUGGGAUCUAUUCUGUAAUAUCUUUCCGCUUGAAAGGUUUAGGGCACCAAGAUUUAAAAGCUUUAGGAGUCAUUUGUCCAAUGUUGUGGAGAAAUGUGAUGGACUACCACAAGCAAUUGUUAUACUUGCAGAGCGUUUAUCAAAAUGCAACAGCAACAUACGACAUGAAUUGAAAAAGAUUGAAAAAGAAAUAGAAUUGUUGGGAAUUCUAGAUUAUAGUGCACUCACUCUCAUUUACAAUCAAUUGCCAGAACAUUUGAAAGUUUGCUUUCUUUAUCUUGGUGUCUUUCCAAAACGCAGUGAAAUCCGAGUUAAAACACUUCUUAGGUUAUGGAUUGCGGAAGGAUUUGUGAAGCCAUCAAAGAAAGAGGAGUUAGAAAAGAUUGCUUAUUGUUACUUAAAGGGCCUCAUUGAUAGAAGUCUUGUGUUAAUAAGCCGUCGGACUUUUGAUGGCAAAAUUAAGACUUGUAGGGUGCACAGUGUCAUGCAUAAUAUAUGUUUUAGAGAGGCUCAGAAAGAGGGAAUAUUAUGUGCAGUAAAUACUCAGAAACUCCCAAGGUGGUCAUUAAAUGCAUUCACAAAUUCCUGUCGUUGGUUUAGUUUAUGCAAACAUAGUUUUGACUAUUAUGUGUUGUUUAGUUUAAACAACCCUCGCUCUGUUUUCUUCUUUCAAGACAAUUCUGAAAUUUUGGUACCGUUCAAGCUAUUAAGAGUUUUGGCAUCUGUUCCAUCUCCAUUCCUCCAAAGAGUGCCAAUGCAUUUAGGGGAUUUAGUUUUUCUGAGAUAUUUAUCUAUAACACAAUGGUUUGAAGGUCUCAACAAUGUAGUGUCAACUAAUCUGAAUUUGCAGACUCUUGUUGUUUGCGGAAGUGACGGUGAAUCACAACUUGGAGUGCCUACUCUCCAUUUGCCAUCAACAAUUUGGGAGUCACCACAAUUAAGGCAUCUUGAACUUGGUACUUUGUAUACUGUUGAUCCUCCCAGUGUGGUAAAGAAGAAUUUGCAAACAUUAUCUUGGGUAGGUCAAACUCAUUGCAGAAAGGAAGUGUAUUCCAAUUUUCCAAACAUAAAAAAACUAAAGAUAUUCUGUAAAGAAGACUUAGAGCCCAGUCACAUUGGUGGAUCUUCCAGCAAAGACAUCAUUUUGGAUAACUUGGAUUAUUUAGUACAACUUAAGAGUCUAACGAUUUCAGUUUCUGUUGGCUGCAUUGUAACAUUUCCUGAACGGUGUCCGUUUCCUUCACAACUGAAGAAAUUGAGUUUGAGUGGGACUAAUAUUUCUGGGUGGGAUUUAACUGUAAUUGGGUCAUUGCAGUGUCUUGAGGUGCUCAAACUGGAAAAUGCUUUCCAUGAAGAAGUGUGGAGAGUAGCUGAAGGAGGAUUUUAUGGAUUAAAGUUGUUACUACUUGAAGCUAAAAAACUCAGGAGGUUGGAGGCUUGCCCAAAUGCUUUCCCAUUUCUUAAGCACCUAAUUCUAAGAUGUUGUCAUUAUUUGGAAGAGAUUCCUAACAGUUUUGGAAAAAAAUGCUUCUUGGAGUCGAUUGAGUUGGAUAGUUGUUGCUGCCCUUCCAUUGUCACUUUUGUCAAGGAUAUUCAAGAGAAGCAAAAUAAAGAGUAUUCAAAAGCAAAUUUUGAGAUCAAAAUCCAUGGGCCUAAAUAUGAUGAAUCAGGGUAUAUAGUAGAGUGUGGAGAAGAUGUUGGGGUUGACAAUUUUGAAAAGGCAAAUUCUGAGAUCAAAAAGGAGGCUGAAUAUGAUGAAUCAGGGCACAUAGUAGUAGAGUGUGUAGAAGAUGUUGGGGUUGGCAAAUUUGAAAAAACAAAUUUUGAGGAGGGUGAAUAUGAUGAAUCAGGGUGUGUAGAAGAUGCUGGGGUUGGCAAAUUGAAGUCCUACAUCCCCAAAAUAAAGAAAAAGAGAUAUUGUUGAGGCUCAAGCCCAAAAGUGGCUCUGCCAAGCAGAUUUGAGAAGAGCAACAUGAUUUAGAAAACUGGGAGGGCAAUAUUAAGUACAGAUCGAAUUUCUAUCUUGUAUCAACAUCAUAUCAUUCUAGCUUGAUGCAUCAUUCUGGUGUGAGUUUCAGUACAGUUGGUGAAUUCAGUAAUCUCUUCUCUUCUAUAUGUCGUAUGCAAUCUCUAGCUACACAAUCAUGGAUGUUACAGUUUUGAGGAGCUAGCCAGAAUAUGAUGAAUCACACUGUAUACUGAUAUAGAAGAUUACUUGGCCGGAAUAACUGCAAUUAGAAAAAUGGUAUGUACACACAGAUACUUAUCUGCCAAGUUAAUUUGCUGGCUCUGAUCUACACUUUAAAUGUUACUGAAGGAUCCUUUAACUCAUCUCUCAACAUAGACAACACACAAACAUGGGAGGUUUUGGUACCGUUCAAGCUGUAAACAACCCUCGCCCUGUUUUCUUCUUUCAAGACAAUUCUGAAAUUUUGGUACCGUUCAAGCUGUUAAGAGUUUUGGCAUUUGUUCAAUCUCCAUUCCUCCAAAGAGUGCCAAUGCAUUUAGGGGAUUUAGUUUUUUUAAGAUAUUUAUUGGCAACAUAGUGGUUUGAGGGUCUCAGUGAUGUUGUGUCAAGUAAUGUGAAUUUGCAGACACUUAUUGUUUCAGGUAGUGACAGUGAAUCACAACUUGGAAUAACUAUUCUCCAUGUGCCAUCAACAAUUUGGGAGUUACCCCAGUUAAGACAUCUUGAACUUGGUGCUUUGUAUACGGUUGAUCCUACCAGUGUGAUUAAAAGGAAUUUGCAAACAUUAUCUUGGGUAGGUCCAACUCAUUGCAGAAAGAAAGUGUAUUCUAAUUUUCCAAAAAUGAAAAAACUGAAAAUAUUCUGUAAAGAAGAGUUAGAGCCCAGUCACAAAGGUGGAUCUUCCAGCAAACACAUCAUUUUGGAUAAAUUGGACUAUUUAGAUGGGCUUAAGAGUAACAAUUUCAGUUUGUAUUGGCAGUUUUGUAACCCUUCCAGAAAGAUGUAUGUUUCCUUUUAUGUUAAGAAUCCCACAUUGAUAAAAAUAAGAGAGAAAAUAUGGGUUUAUAAGGUUAUGGGUUAGACUAGCUAAUUAGUUGAAUUCAAUCUUUUAGUGUGGUUUGGCCAUGUGCAUUAUAGCCCAAUUGAGUGACCCUAACCCAAUAUUAAAUUAUAACACUUUACAACUGAAGAAGCUGAGGUUGAGUCGGACUCGUGUUUCUGGGUGAGAUUUAAAGGUAAUUGGGAGGUUGAAAUGUCUUAAGGUGUGUUCCAUCAACAAGUGUGGAGAGUAUGUGAAGGAGAAUUUGAUGAAUUAAACUUCUUGCUCCUUGAAGAUAGAAUACUCAAGUGGUUGGAGGCUGUCCAAUAUUCUUUCCCCCUUCUUGAACGCAUAGGUCUAAGAUUAUGCAAUUGUUUGGAAGAGAUUCCAAGCAGUUUUGGAGAAAUUUUCUGCUUGAAGUCAAUAGAUUUGGAUAGGUGUAGCCGGCCUUCCAUUAUCGCUUCUGCCAAGGAUAUUCAAGAGAAGCUAAAGAAGAAUUUUGGAAAAGAAGAUUUUAAGGAAGCUCAGGCUUGUUCAUUCCUUUGUAUUAGAUGCUCAACUUCUUUGCAAAAUCUGUUACGAUUUAAUUUAAACUUUUUUUUUUUGUUUUCUGUAUUUUGCAUUACUUGAUCAUAGAUCAAAAUCCAAGGGCAGUGGCCUGAAUAUAUAGAAGAGUGUAGAAUAUGUUGAGGAGACUGAAUGUGAUGAAUCAGCUCAGCAGGGCACAUAGUAGAGUCUGAAAAAGGUGUUUGGGUUGGCAAAUUCAAGUCCCACAUCCAAAAACUGUAGGAAAGUGAGAUGGAGAAAGAAUCAGUAAAAGACAACUAGGUUGGGCUCAUAGUGAAUUAACUGCAAUGAGAAAACUGAUGCUUAAUGGCAAGGCAUGUUGGUUCUCACAAUUGCACCUUCAGUACAGUUGGUGAAUUCAGGAAAUUAAAAUUUUCCCUACAGUUGGUGAUGCAAUCUCUUUUCAGACAAGUAUAUGAAAGUAGAAGAAGAAAAUAUGUGUAACCUUCUUGUUGUUGCUUCUGUCACGUUGUUCCGAGAAGAGCUGCUGCAGAAUCAUGGAUGUUACAGUUUUGAGAGCAAAAUGCAGGAGCCAGAAUAUGAUGAAUCACAUACAGUAUACUGAUAUAGAAGAUGACUUGGGUGGAAGCAAUUAGAAAAAUGAUAUGCUGAGAUUGGUAUGCUAAUUGUAUACCUUUAAAAAGAAAAAGAAUUUCCAGACUGGGAUGCUGCUAUUGCUCAAAGUAUUGGAGAUCUGGAGGAGGCGGCCAUUCUCUGUUCUGUUGUUGGACAUAAUAGAAAGAUGGAGCAGCAUUCGACGGACAUAUAUGGUUUUGUCAAUGUUUUAUUCUGAAGGCUUUAUAUAUAUGGAUAGCUCAGGUUCAGGUUGUUACUAUAUAUCUUUAUUUAAGAGUUGAUUAUAUAUUUAUGUGUCGUUGUACUUUUUUUUUUUUUUUUUCAGAAUAUUUUGCAUUGCUCCUAAUAUUAUUGUAGCAUGACUAUUUUUAGGCAUCGCCAACAAAUUUGCUUAAAUGGUGUUAAAAAUGAAUGCAUUUUAGUAUAUUCAACAUAC